UAAAACAGCACCUAGUCACCUAGAGUGUCUUGUUAUUAAGUCAAUAAAAAAAAAAAAUAACUAAAAGUGUCAAUUAAAAAGUUAUUAAUUCAGAUCAUCAGCAUACAAUCCAGAUGAUUUAACCUAGACAAUUUAUGAAUUAUAUAUAUAAAUAUAAAUAUAAAUACAGAUGUAAAUGUAAUGUAAAGUCACAAUGUACAUACACAAUAAUAUUUAUUGAUAUACAAAAACAAUCACCAACAUCAACACACUGUCAUGCAUCAGCUGUCAACAGUAACUAUCGAUGUCAGGUUUACUAAUUAAAUAUUAUUAUUAUUAUCACCAUAAAUUAUUAUCAUAAUAAUAUUUGAAACUAAAAGUAUUAACAAAAUGAUACGCUAAGCGUUUGUAAAAUAAAAUAAAUAAAAAAAUGAGUGGUCAGUUGAAUAUUACGGUAAGACCAGAAGCGCGUUUGGAUGCUAAAUGGUUGAAAACAGAUUUAAGAAGAUUGCAAUGUCGGGAUGGACUUGCCGAGCUAUGGAAUGGAAUGGUACGAGAUGGAGAAAUCGUUGGAGCAUUCAGCGACGGUUUGAUAAAUUCUGCUGGUGUUGUAGCACGAAAAGGUGACAGCGGACACUACUACUGUAACUUAAGAGUACUGUCAUGUCCGUGCUGUGAUGGAAUAUGUGGCCCGCAAAGUGGCUGUAAUUGUACGCCAUGUCAAAAGCUAGAUGAGGAAGAAGCCGCACGGGCUACUGCGUUGGUGGAAAAAACGGUACCAGCUCAAAAUAUAAUUGACUCGUGGCUCUGGGGAUCACAGCCGUCCUCCCAUGAGUGGAUAAACUGCAUCCAGUCAUUAAUUAAAGAACAGACUUCUCUGUGUCAUGAAGUUGCCAAUAGCACAUUGUCUUCAACGCGGCUACGUCAGCGAUUGGUGGUAGCGCGCCGUUACUUCACUGCCUUGUCGAGACACAAACCCCAAGAAAACAAAGACAUCGUCAUCAACAAGACUGUAUCGAAACCUGUGUCUUCAUCAUCAAAAGUCUGCAGUAAGCCGACAGAAAAAGCUGCUGUGGGUCUAGCUCGCGUUGGAACUCGCGCUGCAUUAAAUUUUUCAUUCGCGUAUCUACGACGUGCCUGGCGUUCGGGUGAAGACAUCGAAUUCUGUAGUGAAAUCCUGUCCGAGUCGUUGGAAACAUUGCAAUCUUUACCGGAAGCAACGCUCUUUGAAGAGAACAAUGUAUCGCAAGUUUGGCUGGAAGUUGUAGAAAAAUCGGCUAAAUUUUUACGUCAAGUCGUCACUGGUGACGUUACCGGUAGAUCUUGGUGUCCUGUACCAGUGUCUGAUCAACAUACUGCUCUGUGUCUUUUGCUAGAGCUCGUAGCACAACGAGGAACUCUUUCAGGUCUACUUGAUUCUGUUAUUUUAUUACUGCACUUGAGUGGCAAGACUAAGAAUCAAGAUAAUCGUGUAAUACCACCAGGAAGUUCAGCGCCUUUGGUUCCACUUCUCCGGCGGCUGAACUCAAUUCCCGCUCCAAAAUCACGUCGUCUUGAUGAAAAUAUUAUUCCAGGACCUUGUGAAGUUUUACUCAAAUAUUUAAUACUUCCUGAAGACGAUAAAGUUGCCGUGGAUUUACGCAAAGCUGCUGUAGUGAUAAUGUGCAACCUGAGUCGUCUAUCUUCGCCGCAUUUACCUCCAAUUAUAACAGACUCGCUGACCAAGAACCAGUCCCAGACAUUUCAGGAAGUUCUGGUCUGGGGCGGCGUUAAAUUUGGCAACGGGACGUCGCCAUUUUAUUGCGACGCGAUAGCUGAACUAGGAGUCAAGCAGCUCUGCUGCACAGAACGCGCGCUCAUGAUAUUGACACAGAGCGGCAAAGUUUAUAUGAUGCAUUAUGGCUCGGAAACGCAGUAUCCGCAGAAAGUUAAUGGAUUUGUUGGCAAAACGGUCAAAAUGAUAGCAUCCCAUCCGGAUGGCAAGCACUACCUGGCGCUGACAGACGAAGGAAUCACUUACAGCUGGGGAAAUGGCGAUGGAGGAAGACUGGGACAUGGUGAUACUACUUCUUAUGAUGAUCCUAAAAUAAUAGACUCACUUGCUGACAAAAAUGUGACAUUUAUCGCUUGCGGUAGUACUUAUUCAGCAGCACUGACAGCAACUGGAGAGCUUUAUACCUGGGGACGUGCUAAUUAUGGCCGACUGGGUCACGGUAAUUGUGAUGACAUUUCAAUACCGACACUAGUCGUCGCCUUGAAUGGACACGUGGUGGUUCACGUUGCUUGUGGAAGUGGCGACUCUCAGACUCUGUGUGUUACUGCCUCGGGAAUUGUCUUCUCUUGGGGUGAUGGAGAUUACGGUAAGCUAGGACGAGGUGGAUCUGACGGUUCCAAGACACCGAAAAUUGUAGAUAAAUUACUGGACAUUGACGUGGUGAAGGUUUACUGUGGCGGACAAUUUUCUGCAGCGCUGACCGCGCAAGGGGAAGUCUAUACCUGGGGGAAGGGGACUGCUUAUCGUCUAGGACAUGGUAAUGAAGAUCAUGUACGUUAUCCUAAACUAGUUGAAGGAUUGAAAGGUAAAAAGGUGAAAGAAUUGGCUGUGGGGAACGUUCUGGUGCUUGCGUUGACUGAAGACCAGCAAGUUUAUGGCUGGGGACGAAAUGAUUACGGACAGAUAGAUCCAACUCUAGGGUUUACUGUACCGGAACCUUGGCUGUGCAGUGCAUUGACUGGUAAAAGUGUCAUCGGUCUAGUCUGUGGGCCGACGCAGAGCUUCGUCUGGUGCCUGUCCACUUGGUCAGUGGCACCACGAGUAGCGUUCGUCGUUGACAUUUGUGAAGAAACAUUUAAAUUACUAGAUAUACUGCUCGGUAAAUCCUGCGAAGGACUUCCAGGUACGCGACCACCGACUCAAGAUCGCGAGUGCCUGGCAGUAGCGACUUUGAACCUCUUAAGACUGCAAUUACACGCGAUGAUUUCACAUGGAAUUGAUACCAAGUCCGUCGGACUGGGUAAUAGUAAUCUACUUAACUCGUUAAAGCAGCGAUGCGUUAGUCUAGCAAGUGGUCCAGGAAUUUUAGCGACUAUCCAAGAAGCCGCACAAGCUGUCCUACAAACAGGUUGGAGUAUUUUACUGCCUACCGCCAAUGAAAGAGCUAAAACAUUGUCGGGAUUCUUGCCUAAUUCAAACAGCGUUGAGCAACUGAGUGCUAAUAAAGGCCAGCAAUUUAUGGCAGACUUACUGGUGUCGAGUUUGAUGGCCGACGGAGGGUUGGAACACGCUCUGAAAGCCGCCAUCAAAGCCGAGAUCGCUGAUAUAUCUGAUGAGAAAGAGACUGUACCUUCGAAUUUGACCUCAUUGACAAGUGAAACCAAGCAAGCAAAGGAACUUAACUCGGAAAAAAAUAACGUGACGAUAUCGUUGCUCCAGUUAGUAAAACAGUUGAUAAGAAAUGGAUCCUGUGUAUCGCAGUCGCGGCUCCAGGUUCUCCAUAACGGCGGGAGAAAUGAAGAUAAAAAGUUGGACAAUUCGCCGAGUUUAAAUCUUCUUUUACGCUGGCAGCGAUUACUGAUAGCACAAAUGUAUCAAUGUGUAAAUAAAUCCAGCUCUGAAGACUCCCAAGACCCGGAGAUGAUCGGCGUUGAGUCGUUGUUGAAAAAAUAUACCGUACAAAUUUGUAACCAUGUUAAUGAAAUUCUGCCAUUGGCUAGCGAGAUCGCGGGAAUGUCAAACAAACAUUUUGUCCGGGUGACAACGAUACUGAAAGGCGAUAUUGUUAAUAUAUUAUUACCAGAGCUGGUAAUUUGUUUGAUAUUACUCCAAAUAGACUAUCCGAUGCUGCUGCAUUCAAUGAACUGGAUGACGGUGUUCGCUCCAGUGCUAGAUGUCCUUGACCAAUUCAACCGACUGGCGCCGACAGUUGAGAAAGACGACGCUGAUGAUUUAUCAUGGCCAGGAAUAAUAGCACCUCAGCAAGGCAGCAAACCUCCAGUUACUGAAGAACCGACAUUGAUACGCUGGGCUGAUCUGGAGAACCACAACCGCGACGGAGGCUUGUGGAUCGUCGUCAACAAUAAUGUCUACGAUGUCCAAGACUUUUGUCACGAGGGUUCCUGCACUCUAGAAAUGUUUCAGCGAUACGCGGGUAGAGACAUCUCAGCAGUUACAACACCAGCACAAUUGAACGCAGGAAUGAUGGAUUCCUGCUUCGUUGGAUACUACUGCCAACCUGAACCCGACUCCACACAAUUCACUAUUGAAGUUAUGGAUGUCUGCUCAUCUCUGUUAGACAUGGAACGAUCAUUGAGCUUCCUCAUGGGUCUCCAUGCUCAUAGGAUGCGCGAGAGCUUGAAAUUGCUGCCAGCAGAAGAGGAAGCAGGCGUCUGGUUGAACGCUAAAUUCCUCCGAGGAGGUCUCCAGGUACUCCAGCCGCCUAAUCCUUACGAAGAAGAAAAAGGAGAGGCUCGUAGCACGCAUUCGACACCAGCAAACUCACCAACAGAGCCAACAGUGCCCAUUUGCAAAGAUAAAUUCCAGAAGGUAUCUGAUGAUCGUGUCUCUGCGUUCAUUCAAGCACUCGCGGAGACCCAUCGUACUAAUACCUACGUCCAGACAUUUCUUACGAUGGUAGACAAGUACAGCAAGGCCAAUAAUUUACUGUCACAUGUUGAUUUCGCUGGUGACCACCCGCUGGAAGAGGUGGGCAGAUUGCUGAUGGCUGUGAUAAUCAAACAUCUGGCUCUAGGACAUCAGACACUGAGUCUAGUAGACCAGGAGCUAGCGGACGGGAAUGUUAAGCUCUCAAAACCGCUUAUGGAGAUGGUAAAGACUAUUCAUCAGACCAAGUGGAACUUGAUACGCACGCGACAGCAGCAGAAUCGCAGCUACAAGGAAGUCUGUGCUCCCGUCCAAGAAAAGUGCCGUUUUUUGUUGUACGAAGUGCGGCCAGCUACCAGUUACGAGGUCAAAGGCUACCAGUCGCUCAAAUUACUAUACACAGUACCAAAAUUCAAGCGCGCCGUACUCGCAGUUAUGAUGGACAUCAAGAAGAACAAGUCACCUGCCAAACUCGAAGACAUUGUCAACGCGUCUAUUCAAAAUACUCGCAAAGCCAAGUCCGAAGAGUCACCCAAAGAAGCUACCACACCAACAGCGGCGCCAGAGAAGCUAGAAGACAACCAGUCCAGUAAAAAUGUUCUGUUACAACUUAUAGAGAAGACUAAAUCCAAGAGUCUGGUGAUGGACCCAAGCGAACUGAUGCUCGACAUAAUUAAUUUUGCGGUCGCUGAAGAAGGCGGUGAUGUAGAGACACUUCGCCGUGCAAUGUACUGCCAAAUCCAGCGGGUAAAUAUGAGAGAGAAAGGUGUCAACAUGAUCCAGGAAUUGUUGAAGAGAGACUAUCUGAUAACUUCCGUUAAAUAUUCGCUGCUUAAUGGCUGGUUGGGCCUCAUUCCCGGCAAUAGUCAUCCCUCAACGGGAAUCACGCAUAGUUUGAACAAUAUCCAGCUAGUGACGCCCUAUCAGAAGGCCCGAGUGAUUUUAGCUGAAGCUGAAGUGAUUUCCUGGGCUGUGCAGGCGUUGCGCGCGUACGUCAUCCAAGCAGAGCUGCCUAGCAAAGAAAAAGUAAGUGGUAAAAGUAGUCUUAAUCAAGGAACGUACACAUGGUUACGAAAAUUACCACGCGCUAGAUUUUUAUUAACAAUCCUGGGCAUGCUGACAAGUCAUCAUCACGCUAAUGAAAUUGGACUGUUAAUUAAUUCAGGCCUACUGUCAAGUAUUUUAACUCUACUGAGACAAAUUGGCCCAGCAGUACGCGGCGAGUGCACGAAACCUAACGACAUAACUGCGAUUUAUGAAGACGCGGUGCAAAAAAUAAAACCACCGGCGAUACAAAUGGGCGGCCCGGAGUUAGCAGCUUUGAUGAAAAUAGGAACCAGAGUUGUGCGUGGAGUUGAUUGGAAGUGGGGCGAUCAGGACGGAACACCACCAGGCGAAGGUCGUGUUAUUGGAGAGCUGGGUGAAGAUGGAUGGAUACGAGUUCAGUGGGACAACGGUACCACCAACUCGUACCGCAUGGGCAAAGAAGGCAAAUAUGAUUUGAAGCUCGCAGAGCCCCCGGCCCCACCUGAAAGUGACUCGGACACUGAAUCCCCAGUGGAUACCAACAAGAGUGACGAGAGCAGCACCAAAGAAAUUCAUCCAACGACUUAUUUAAAAAGCGCAUCGACAAAUUUACUCAAAAUCCUGCUUCUCUCGUGCGGAAUAAAAGCAGACGGAGUUCAAAAAUCGGCAAUAACUAUCCUAGCUUCUAUUUUACGCGGAAUUAUUUCCUCAGCGCAUCGAUCAGACUCGAGUCUAGUGACGCAAUUAGCGCGUGAACAUCAUGAAUCUUGGGCUACACUUGGACUACUUAAGACCAUUGCCAAUUCUCAGGCACUCUGUCGCGCAUUGAGUACUUCCGCGUGGGUCGAUUUCCUCAUCAGCCUGAUUGCCGACGAACUAGAAGCCGAUUUGAACAAACAAAUAAUGGCGAUAAGACUUCUGACAGCUGUCUUGAGCUCCUGGGCACCGGACAGCUCCGAAAUGGUACCGUUUCUCGACAAAGUAUUCAAACUGCUGGGUAACAUCGCGCUGAGCUGCGAGGCUGGCAUCACGACUGAGCUACAUGUAAAUAAAUGUCGCGUGUCCAUCACCGCGUCGCACAGUUCUACUCUGGCUGAAGAACUGGUAGCUUUGAUAAGACACUUGCACUCAAUGCCAGGAUGGAGCGAAGCCCUCAACGCGUAUCUCACCGCCAAAGUAUCUCUCGCCGCAGAUCUGCUGACCGAGGGGCCGCUAUUCCACAUUCAGAUGAACGAAAACGGUGGCGAGCAUGGCACAGAAAUUCAGCAGACGGUAAUGGCGACUCUGAUUGUCAUCGGAGGUCUAGAUGACCGUCCGAGGAUCGGGGGAAUUGUCGAAGUAGACGGCGAGUACGGAACCAUUUGUAAAUUUACUCCUCAUUCAAAACUGAUCUUGCAGAUGCGUGACACUGGAUUGAGAAAAAAAGUACCGGUUACUAGUGUAGAAAAUAUUCCUGAUAAAUUUCAUCUAGAUCGGAUGAUAAUUAAUGAACCUGUGAUAUCUGCCUGGGCUAAUUUACUUCUCGGCCACUGUCGGGCGGAUCGAAGACCUGGUGGGAUGCCUGUGAUAGCAGGAGUAGUCAAUUCAAGUAUCCUGCGCACUCAGCAAGAACAUCUGGCUGCUCUGAAUGCCGGAAAGACUUUGCUGAGUUACCAAUCAAAGCUGAGACAAGUUCUGAAGUGUGUAGUGGCGGCAGGUGACGAAGAACAUCGGACGUUAUUCCAAGAGCUUCUAGCUCGCGCAAUAAAACCGCAGCCUCUUAAGCCCAUUUUCAAACGCGAAGAGUUGGAAGCAGCAGCAUUGACCGUCUCCCAGUAUCUGGCUUCUGAAUUGAGACACAUUCCUAUUCAUCGAACGGGUUUGGCUUCUGAGCCAACGACCCCUACAUCGGACUGCUCGUUGGCUUCUUUGACUUCCAGCCAAAAGCGACACUGUCGUAGCAGCAAGAAAAGUCCCAGUCCUCUGGUAACUCAACUUACUGAGAUGGGAUUUAUGAAGAAAAGUGUUGAGUACGCGAUAAGAAGUCUGAGUAUCACUGAAGGUAAUAUUACACCAGAGACUGUUGUUGCCUGGUUGCUUGAAAAAGCCGACACGGUAUUCGGAGAUGCUUCUUCUAGCUCAGACGAGACCUCUGAUUCGGACGACUCUUCAAGUGAAGAUCUUGAAGACUCGCCCUCUGCUCACGACGCAGUUACUCCCACCUACAUGAAGCGAUCAGACUUCUUGUCAUUUGACGAGUACGCUAUUUAUGUGCGCGAUAAUAUAAGUGUAGGUAUGUUGGUACGUUGCUGCAAGAGCUACGAAGAAGUUGAGUAUGGAGACAUCGGGCAAGUUGUCAAAAUAGAUCCCGAAGGUCUGCAUGACCUGAAUGUCCAGGUGGCCUGGCAACAUAAAGACGGCACCUACUGGGUACGUUUUAUUCACAUCGAACUUCUAGGACAUCCGCCAACGCUGCCUUGUCCUCCGGCUCUAAAAGUUGGUGAUAAAGUUAAAGUUAAGUCUAAUGUAGCCGUUCCUAAGUACAAGUGGGGUUCAGUGAACCACUCAAGUGUCGGAAUACUCACUGGUAUCAUCAAUAACGGCAAAGAUGUUUCUGUGGAUUUCCCGCAGCAGAGCAACUGGACCGGAUGUAUGUCAGAAAUGGAACGCGUUCCCUCAUGCCAUCAUGCUGUCUCCUGCAAUUCUUGCCAUCUCUCUCCAAUAUCCGGUCCAAGAUUCAAGUGCAAAGUUUGUGAUAAUUAUAAUUUAUGUGAAAAUUGCUUCUAUACAAAGCGCAGUCAUCGCCACGGAUUUAAUCGAAUAACUGAACCAGGUUCAGCGGCAGUUUAUGCUGGCAAACCUGGAAGAUACAACAGACAAGACAUUACCGAGUCUUCGCUGAUUGAAGACUGGUCCAAGUGCAUAAGAACUCUGUGCGUGUCUUCGAAAGACAGCUGGGCUACGAGAUUAGUCGACGGUUCAGGCAAAUAUUGGCAGAGCUGCGGAGCACGGGGUAAGCACUGGAUAAGACUGGAAAUGAUGUCCAAUAUUUUGGUUGAUUCGUUGAAAGUAGUCGUGGAUCCACUCGACGGCAGCUACAUGCCAUCAGUGAUAGCAAUCAACGCUGGAGAUUCUUUUAAUGGUCUUCUAGAAUUGGCAACUAUUACUGUAAAAAAUACAGACACCGUUGUGACUCUGCUGCAGGACAUGAAAGAGUACUACCCGUGUAUUGAAAUACUGGUAAAGCAGUGUCGCAAUGGAGGAAUCGAUUGCAAGAUCCAUGGACUGCAGAUCGUUGGACGCAAAAAGCUGUUCGAGAACCAGUUGGCCACUUCUGUGUCAUUUUUAGCAUCAGAUUGGGAAGCCGUUCAGGAGCAAAUGACAGCUCACCGAAUUGGAGAUGCGCAUCAGCACUCGGCGGUCUACGUGUGGGGAUUAAAUGACAAGGACCAGUUGGGAGGACUAAAGGGUUCGAAAAUAAAACUACCGAUUUAUAGCGAUGUCCUGUCCAAGUUGAAACCAGUCCACAUUUCUGGAGGAAGUAAAACUUUGUUUGUUGUCACUCAGGAAGGAAAAUUAUACGCGUGUGGAGAAGGAACCAACGGGCGACUGGGACUAGGAGACAAUAAUAACGUAUGUGAGCCUAAACAAAUUCCAUUUUUGAGUCAGUAUGUAAUUAAAAAAGUUGCUGUUCACUCGGGAGGAACUCACGCUCUUGCUUUGACGCAAGACAGCAAAGUAUUUUCGUGGGGUGAAGGUGAAGAUGGUAAACUAGGACACGGGAAUCGCUUGUCUUUGGACAAACCACGACUGAUCGAAGCGCUCAAGUCAAAACGUAUCAGAGAUAUUGCUUGCGGUUCUGGACACUCGGCAGCUAUCGCCAGCAAUGGAGAACUCUACACCUGGGGUCUUGGCGAGUACGGGCGACUAGGACACGGAGAUACUGUGACGCAGCUAAAACCGAAGCUCGUAGAAGCUCUGGUAGGUCAGCGAGUGAUCCAAGUGGCCUGCGGAAGUAAAGACGCCCAAACAUUGGCGUUAACUGAAGACGGAAGUGUCUACUCCUGGGGCGAUGGUGACUUUGGUAAAUUAGGAAGAGGCGGCAGUGGCGGAUGUUACAGUCCGCUGUUGAUUGAUCGACUAAAUGGACUAGGUGUCGUGCAAAUAGAGUGCGGAGCGCAGUUUUCGUUGGCUCUAACCAAGUACGGAGAAGUUUGGACCUGGGGAAAGGGGGAUUACUACAGACUGGGACACGGGAAUGAUCAGCACAUACGUAAGCCUACGGUAGUUGAAGGUCUGCGUGGUAAAAAAAUAACUCACGUAGCCGUCGGAGCUCUCCACUGUCUCGCAGUGACUGACUCGGGUCAGGUUUACGCCUGGGGAGACAACGAUCACGGUCAGCAAGGCAAUGGAACUACGAUUGAUAACAGAAAGCCCUCACUGGUCCACGGUCUAGAAGACGUUAAAAUAAAUCGCGUGGCCUGCGGUUCUAGUCACAGUGUAGCCUGGGUACUGACUGACCAGCCUUCGACGAAUAAUCAAGAGCCCGUGACUUUUCCCACAGCCAAAGAUCCACUGGGUCAGGCAUCUCUAGGUUUUAGUGACACAACUGAGUCGAGCGUAUCAACGGCCGACAAAAGCGCGCGGCCUUCAUUGUCUAGUAUAAUAUUGUCUCUGGAGAGUAACGUAGCUAAGCAACAAGCUCUGCAGCAUGUGAUAAAUGCUCUGUACAUAAUGCAAGCACGCACGGCGAUCGUGACCGCGCUGAGAAACCACACGGCAUUGACUUCCACGAAGAAUCUUCCGCAAGAUUCGUCUAUCGACGGCACAAUGAGCGCAAGUGUUGGUCACACUGUCUAUCAAAAUGUCGGAGAAAUUUCUCAAGGAGGCGGAGAAGCACCCGCGAGUGUAAACGAACCUCCAGUCAAUGGAAGUCCACGAGCCACUCCAGCGCUUGAAGACUUUCCUGUCAUCUUUCCGUCAAUGUCCAGCUCAGCCAGUUUGUCUUCACGCGCGUCCAAGAUGAGCACGAGCGCUAUGAGCGUAAUCGCCGCAACUCUGACGUCUCAUGCUCAAGUAAUCGGCGACGGAGGAAGUCCGGAAACGGGACUAGAUGAAUUCACAUCAACUUUAACUGAAGAUGACGCGAGAAUGCUAGUAGAUUUAUUAAAACUAGCUGUUGCCAACCGCGUUUGCGACAGUGCUAAAGAUAUAAUUUCAUCUGUAUUGAUAGCUCUAGCUAAAUCAAACUCUUUGAUAAAAAAUAUGCUGCUGGAAUUGUGCGUCACGGAGUUAGAAGAUACGGCGACAAAUUCAAAUUGUAUAAGCAAGUCACCUCAACCAGUAGUACAGGAGACUCCGCAUCCUUACAUUGAUGACACGACAUUAACUGGACACGUUAAAAUACCCGGAGCUGAGGCUUUGAGGGUUGAAUUUGACCGUCAGUGUUCCACUGAACGCCGUCAUGAUCCUCUGACGAUAAUGGACGGCGCAGGACGGGUCGUCGCGAUAAGAUCUGGUCGCGAAUGGUGUGAAUGGGAAACGGAGUUAAGAGUCCAAGGUGACGAACUGUUUUGGAGAUUUGUGUCAGACGGUUCAGUCAAUGGCUGGGGCUGGAGAUUUACUGUCCAUCCAAUAAUUGCUAUUCUGGCUCCCCACGAACUUGGUUCAGAUCGGGCUGUGCUAACUCAGCCAUCAAUCACACUAGCAGAGUGUCUGUUGGACAACAGUCUCAUCAACUCAGACAAGAGCAUCGUCACAAGAUUGGCAGCAACUCUUGCGCAGUGUAGUCAACUCAGUUUGCUAACGUCGCAGCAGAGAAUGUGGGCGUUGAAGAAGCUACAGGUUGUUUAUUUAAAUGGACCAGGUAUCCGCGCAGACGCAGCUCUAUCAUCAUUGAUCGGGUCACUUCCUCAAGCUCUGCUUAGACAGUAUGAGUACGAAGAUCCAGCAGUACGUGGUGGCAAACAAUUGAUGCACAGCGACUUCUUCAAAGUACUGGUAGCUCUUGCAUGUGAUUUAGAACUGGACACGAUGCCGUGCUGCUCAGAAAUCCACAAAUGGUCCUGGUUCAGACGCUACUGUCUUGCAGCACGCGUAGCCAAGUCUUUAAUCAACCGCGCAUCCUUGCCCAAGUCAUUUUGCAGUGAGGUGACCAAGCGGAUGGUUGAAAUGACCACUGACGGAGACGGCGGAUCAAAAGAUCACGAAGAUCAUGAGUUAUUUAAGCGCGAGCACGAUGAACAGCUGCUGCUCUGGGUAAACAGACGACCUGAGGACUGGACACUGUCUUGGGACGGCUCGGGAGCAAUUUACGGCUGGGGGCACAACCACCGCGGGCAAUUGGGUGGCUUAGAAGGCGCUAAAAUAAAAUUACCAUCACCGUGUGAAAGUCUGUCUGCUUUGCGACCAAUCCAACUGGCUGGAGGUGAACAGACACUAUUCGCAGUGACAGCAGACGGUAAAAUAUACGCGACAGGUUAUGGAGCUGUCGGAAGACUGGGAAUUGGUGGUACUGAUUCGGUGAUGAUUCCAACGCUUCUUGAGUCAAUUCAACACGUCUUUAUAAAAAAGAUUGCCGUUAAUUCUGGUGGUAAACACUGUCUGGCUUUGUCAUCCGAAGGGCAUGUGUACUCUUGGGGCGAAGGAGACGACGGGAAGCUAGGCCACGGCAAUCGCAUAUCUUACGAUCGUCCUAAAUUAGUUGAAGCCUUGCUGGGCACGGAGAUUAUUGAUAUAGCUUGCGGUGGGCAUCACAGUGCAGCGAUAAGCAGCGCGGGACUACUUUAUACCUGGGGAAAAGGCAGAUACGGUCGGCUAGGACACGGUGACAGUGAUGAUCAGACAAAACCUAAAGUGGUAGCAGCUCUGCAGGAUUACAAAGCAGUUGAUGUGGCUUGUGGCAGUGGAGACGCACAAACUCUCUGUGUAACUGAUGAUGACAACGUCUGGAGCUGGGGUGACGGUGAUUACGGAAAGCUAGGACGAGGUGGAAGCGACGGCUGCAAGACUCCAAUGAAGAUCGAGUCGCUAGCAGGACUAGGAGUGAUUAAAGUAGAGUGUGGAAGUCAGUUUUCAGUUGCAUUGACACGAUCCGGUGCUGUUUAUACCUGGGGAAAGGGCGACUAUCAUCGUCUGGGUCACGGGACUGAUGAUCACGUAAGAAGACCGAGAAAAAUCGCGGCUCUGCAGGGUAAAAAAAUUAUUUCCAUCGCCACGGGCUCGCUGCACUGCGUAGCGUGUUCAGACAAAGGGGAAGUGUUCACUUGGGGCGACAACGACGAAGGACAACUAGGAGAUGGCACCACCAGCGCUCUCCAGCGUCCAAGACUAGUCCACGCUUUGCAAGGUAAAAAAAUAACCCGCGUAGCUUGUGGUAGCGCUCAUACGCUGGCUUGGAGCACCAGCAAGGCCACUCCAAGCCGUCUACCAGCCACCACACCCAUGGAAUACGAUCUGGUAAAAGAUUUGCCUUCAUCAGCGCUGCACAAUCGACUGGUGCUGCUUCACUACUUUGCAGAACUACUCUGCCCAUCGCUGGUCAUGUUCCCCAUCUCCGGAGCCGUUGGGCUCAAUAAAUUAGCGCCGAUGUUGGUGUACAGCAUCAAGGAAGCGACAUUCCGGAAAGUAGUCCAAGCUACGAUGGUCCGAGAUCGUCAGCACGGGCCAGUAAUUGAAUUAAACAGGAUCCAAGUGAAGCGAGCACGUGGCAAAGGUGGACUUGCUGGUCCAGACGGCAUUAAAUCUGUUUUUGGACAAAUGGUGGCCAAGAUGUCUCUUCUAACUCAGGAUGUUCUCUUCCUGCCUCACCGAGUAUGGAAAGUAAAGUUUGUCGGCGAGAGCGUCGACGACUGCGGCGGUGGUUACAGCGAAAGUAUCGCGGAGAUGUGCGACGAACUACAAAACGGAUCACUGCCUCUAUUCAUCCCCACACCGAACGGCAGAGACGACAGUGGAACAAAUCGGGACUGUUUCCUGCUAAAUCCAGUCGCUAAAUCACAAUUACACAUGAGCAUGUUCCAGUUCCUGGGCAUACUUAUGGGCAUCGCCAUCAGAACUGGCAGCCCACUGAGUCUAAAUCUAGCCGAGCCCAUUUGGAGACUACUCGCGGGCAUUCCUCUUACUCCUGCAGACCUAACAGAAGUAGACCGGGACUACGUACCAGGAUUGCUUUGCAUCCGCGACAUGGACCCGGACGAGAAAGUCUUCCAGACUCUAGAGAUGCCUUUCUCAACACCCUCAGCCGUCGGGCAUGACGUCCCUCUCUCAAGUCGGUACCGCAAAAUAACCCCUGAAAAUCGCCACGAGUACGUCAGACUCGCGCUCAACUACCGGCUGCACGAAUUCGACACCCAAGUCGCUGCCGUACGCGAAGGAAUGUCUCGCGUUAUUCCAGUUCCUCUGCUCGCGCUUUUCAGCGGGGCCGAGCUCGAGACCAUGGUCUGCGGCAGCCCCGACAUUCCUCUAGGUUUACUAAAAUCCGUCGCAACGUACAAAGGCGUCGAGGCGACCUCGAGCUUAGUCCAGUGGUUCUGGGAAGUAAUGGAAGAGUUUUCAAAUCAAGAAAGAUCUUUGUUCCUGAGAUUUGUCUGGGGCAGAACGAGGUUACCCCGCACGAUUGCUGACUUUAGAGGAAGAGAUUUUGUGCUCCAGGUAAUGGACAAGUACAAUCCACCAGAUCACUUUUUACCAGAAAGCUACACCUGCUUCUUCCUACUAAAGAUGCCAAAGUACUCGUGCAAAGCAGUACUGAGACAAAAACUCAAAUACGCGAUACACUUUUGCAAAAGUAUUGACACUGAUGAGUACGCGAGAGUCCAAGCAGCGACAAACUCUGAUACCGACGACACCGACAGUUUGGCAAGCGAAGAACAUACGUCCCUUUAACUAGACUAAAAUCCAGUUAACAAAUAUAAAUAUAUAUAAAUAAAUAAUUAAUUAAUAAAUUAAUUAAUUACUAAUUACAAAAACGCUUUACAUGUAAAGCACCGCGUUAUCGCGAAGGAUUCGCAGAGAAAUUAUUUUUUUGUAAAGACAGUAUUUUAAAUUUAUAAAGUCACUCAUACACAUUCAUCGAUACAUUAUUAAAUUACAUAUACACAUAAUUAUAAUUACAAUUAUAAUAAUAAUAAUAAUUAUUAUUAUUAUUAUUAUUAUUAUAGACUACACGAUAACAGAAAGCGAUUGCUGAGAGCACAAUCUUUCGCAAUGUAGAAAAUAAGAGCAGCAUUAAUUAUAAUAAACAUAAUCUUUAUUAAUUUAUUUAUAUUAUUUAUUAUUAUUGUUAUUAUUAUUAUUAUUAAUUAUUUUUUUUUUAUGUAAAAAUUCAAUCGCAAGCCGCUCACUGGCCACUUGUACGAAGAAAAUAUUUAAGCGACUAAAUAUUUAUGAAUUUUUGUAUGACUGCUAAAAUGUGAUUUAUUAAUUAAUAAUUACCGUAGAUUAUUAAUUAUUAAUUAUGGAUUUAAAUUUUUUUUAGAUAAAUAAUUUUUCUAAUUGUCAUCGUCUGUAAUAUUUUGUUUAUACAUAAAUUUUUAUUACUUAAUAUUAAAUUUAAAAUUAAUAUUAAUUAUAAAUAAUAUAAAUAGAAAUUAGAUGAUAGUUUAAAAUAAAUUCUGUAUAUUAAUUAAAAUGUCUUAUUUAUUUAUUGAUACAAGUAUUUAGUUUGUUAAAUAAUUAGUAAUAUCGCAUGUGUGCUCGCGUCGUUACUGGAAAAAAUCCGCAAUUUAAUUUGUAAUUAAAAUAAUAAUUUAUUUACAGCCGUAAUAUAGAGGGAAGUUUGAAAAUGUGCAUCCAAAAAUAAAAAAAAAUUUGAAAAUUCUGAUUCAAACCCGGCGGGAAAAUAUUUUCCCGCUUUUUAAAUUCUGGUUGCAUUCAAAAUUUUUUUAAAAAUAAUUAUUGAGCACAAGUUUAAUUAAAUUAUGGAAACAUAAAAAAUGGAUGACGUUUAGUUCAAAGUGAACUAUUUUAUUUUAAAAGAAAAAAAAAUAGAAAAAAGCAAAAACUUUAAAAGUUUGCAGUUUAAAAUUCAAGGCCAGCGAGUUUUAUUCACCGGAACGAGUUAUAUAUUUUUUUUAUUUUUUAAAAAUAUAUAUCAAUACGACAUUAAAUUAAAUUAUCAUUAAUUGUAACUAAUAGGGUGUUAAUUAAAUGUAUAAGUCAAAAAAAUUUGACCGCUAAUUAUUUUUUAUUAAAAUAAAUUAAUUUAUUUGUUGGAAGUUUAAGCGACGAUAUAUCAGAAUAUUAAAAAUAAAUAAAUAAAAUAGAUUGUGAAUAAAAUGGGAUACUUUUACUCGUAGGAUGAAUAUGAUAUUUAAAAUAAAACGAUUGUGCCAGUGGUCAAUGGCCUUCAGUUGUUGCAUCUUGUCUGUCAUACAUGCACGUGGUUGACUGUAGUUUAAAUCGUUAUAUUAUUGUAAGUUAAGAGUUAAGUACUCGUACUUGUACUAGUAAUGUAACGCAGUAUCGAGUUAUUUUUUACAAAAGUUUACUGUCGCGUAAAAAAUCAAAUUAUUUUAUCACAAAAAUCUAAAUAUUUGUAGAUUUAAAUUUUAAUUUAAAUUACCCGCAUUAAUAACAAUGAUAAUUUAAAUUUUGAACGGCGUAAUUAUUAAUUCUUAAUUAAAGA